CUUAAGGGAUUAAUGAUUAAUCACUGUUAAGUUAAGUGUUAAGUUAAUCUUGUUCAAGGCCUUGUCUUUUAUUAGUAGAUAACAGCUGCGCUAGAGCUUGGCAUUUAAAGGCCAAGUGAUGGAACUAGGUAAAGGAAAGCUCAGAAAAGUUGGGGUAAAUAAUUUAUUUUCAGCUUAUCACCCUAAACAUGGCAUUGUUUGGACAGAUGGACAAAGAAUUUACUUAACCCCCAUUCAAAUAGAAACAGAUCAUCUGAAGAAUGGGACAUCGAUACAACUUUUUGAGUUUGACAAUGUGCUCAGUGUCCACUGGAGUGCAGUGAGCAAGUCAUGCUAUUUGUGUAUCGUACAUACCCUACAUGUGACCAUAUGGGCUGUGGGUGGAUCAUGGCCACAGUUCAGCAUGAACCAAUUCAGAAAAAUUAAUCAUCAAGCCAUUCCAGCAGGCUGUCUAUGGAAUCCUUGUGAAGAUAUAUUGUGCAUUCUUCACAAGCAGCAAUGCAACCUUUAUUAUCAGCAAGAAAGCUUUUCUUUCCCUGUUUUGCAACGUGGCAAAUAUUUAUGUGGCUGUUGGAGUAGUGAUGGAAAAAAAUUGUAUUUGUCUACAGGAUCUUCACUUUUGAUAUACCAGUGGCAAGACUUGAAGCUGAUGGAUCAAUUUACCUCUAGCACAUGGGAAUCACCUGAACUAAAAGCAGAAAUAAUUUCUGUCAUACCUGUCAUGGAAAAUGCCAUAUUGUUUACUGCACAGGUUUCACUGGAAAGUUUGAUCUGUACGCCAGAGAUGUUUUCAGCUCUGAAUAGUUUUAUUUAUCUUCCAGAAACUAGCAGCUCAUUUGAAUCGAGUCUUUUCAACAUGUCUUCUCAGACAGUAAGAAAAUUGACUUCUAUGUUGAUGCUGGUGCCUGACAGUGGUGGGGAGCCAAUCAGUGUUUCACUGCAAGGAAUUCUCAAUCCUGAUAUUAUAAUAUAUGAGCAUUGGAGUCGGUGUAUAGUGGUUGGCAGCAACACCCAAAGUGUUAUGCAGAUUUUUACUUUAGUCAAAGACAAACUGAUUCAGUGUGGGAAUAUAAAUCUAGAAAAUAAUGAAAGGCUGAAAGGCCUUUGCACUCACCUGUUGACACCAGGCAUACUAGUUCUGAUUGGUGAAAAGGAUGGAGCUGACAUCUUUGACAUAGCCACCCAGUCACAGUUUAGUCUGACACUCAAGUACUUUAGUUUAAAAGAUUAUAGUAAUAUUGCCUCUGAUAGUCAAGACACAGCAGAGCCUGUAAAAUUUGAAUGUCCAAAUUAUCUAAUAAAAAGCAUCAGCUUUAGCUCAAACAGUCUACUGAGGGAUGAACUCACUUUGCCAGGAGAAUCACUUGGCUGCAGAAAUAUCAGCAGUCUAAUUCAAGAGCUGGAUCACCAACCGGUGAAUCCUCAAUUAGAAACUGUGUCAUUUUCAAGUCAGGCUCCAGUCUUUAAUAACACAAAACUAUUGAGUCUUUUUGAACUGAGCGCAAAAACCAGUUCUGACCAAUUGCUUGACACAACCAGUUGUAUGUCACACCAUGUACUUCAACCUGUGACUGCUGAAGUAAAGUCUGGAGAACAAGUGACAUCUCAUGUCUUGGGUAAAGAUAACGCAAAAGCUAAUGUCAAGCCCAAAGUUCAUACGACAGAUGUUAAGUCUAACAAGGAGAAACCUGAUGCCUUAGCACAACAAUUGCAGUUUCAGGAACUGUCUUUACUCGCAUUACAGAAGCAGCUACAGGAAUUAUCUCAGUGUGUGAAGCAGACAUGUUUAAUUUUACCCUCCAAAUAUCAAGACUUCAAAAGACCAGAGUUGGUUGAGAUUUACUGUACAAAAGCUGGUGCCACAGAGAGAAAAAGAUUUUUGUUGGAUGAUGGACGCUUACACCUGGAUACAAUUAAGACAGCGUUUAAUCUAUCUUCAGUUGAAAUUUUACUAGAUGGUGAAUAUUGUGUUGUCAGUGCAAACACAGAUGGCUACAUUCCAAUGAAAUUUUCAGCUGCCCAAGAGUUACAAAUAUCAGGAUUUUGAUUUUAAAUGUAUUGAA